UCCUCCGCUAUCACUUUCGUCCCUUGCAGUCUCUCGUUCGUGUGGCGAGAACGUCAGAAGUUGAAAGCUCGAGUAACUCUGUGAUGUUGUCACCCCACCAGCGGAUAUGGCGAGGAUUUCUAUCCGUGAACAGUCGAAUAAGCUGUUCCUGUUGCGCAUCUUUUAAGCGGGCCAGCGAGCUGAUUUUUGACGAAAAAUAAACAGAAGAGCGAGUCUCGGUGUACGGAGCUUUCGAUAAUUUAGAAUAGCGACGAUUCGCAGAGUAAUUCGAUCAAUCUGGACUCCCGGCAUAAAUUAAAGAAUCUUUGAAGAAUCGGGUCCUCUUUUCUCAGAGCAUGAAUACGAUUUAGCAGAAAAGUCGCAUGAGCAGCCGCACCGUCGUGGGUGCUCCCGGAACAACGAUCCUUUCGGUGCGACCAUCGACAAAUGAGCUUCCUAAAAUGUGGUCGGCCAUGCCCAAGUCCCAUUCCGACCUCCAGACCCAUAAAAGCGUAGGCCUGAAAGCAGCGAAGAGCUGCCGGAGCAACGUUUCUCGGAGUCUUCAUUGUUCGCUCGGCGAUAACGCGGAGUGAUGGAAAACGGAAAGGAAUAAAGUUGGCUAAGAGCGGAAACUCGGUGUCUGUUGAAUAAAAUGUCUACACAUAUAUAACAGUAUCGUGCCGGUUUGGCAGUAGUAACAGCUCGACGUGUCAGCAUGGGCAUACAGUACGGAGCAGCAGACAUUGCGGGCUCGUGGGCUGUGGAGAAAGCAGUGUGUGUUAGUAGUAUCAGUUGAAAGAGUCAGCCGCAAAGGGGAUUGGGUGGGGAUGAUUGUACGAGCAGGAGUGGCGUCGUGCUCGAAGGCGGGGGUAUCGGCUGGCCGGUGGGGAAACGGGCAGCUUUGAACAGGAUCAUUGGAUGAACGUGGGAGCUCCGGUAGCCUCGUUAGUGGGAGGGGCGUUUCAAGGGGCGAAGUGGGAGCGCGCUAUCUCCUCGGAAGUCGCACACAUUGAAUCGGUCUCCGGUGUUCCUCGUGUAGGAUUUUCCAUGGAGCCGGAGUGCACGUUGUCCGUCGAUGCGGAGCUCGUCGCCUCGAUUCGAGUGCGUGCUCGUGGGCGCUAGAAAGUGGGGUGCGAGCCGGUCCAUGUGUGGGUGCAGAUUCCCCCGCGUGGACUAGCGCCCUCCGCACACCAGUCGGAGGCUCGGUGCUCGGGAGAGGGGCGUGCGGAGCACGCGACUCGCCUCAGGGUGGGGUGAAAGCACAGGUUCGCCGGGGGCUGAAAAGCAUGUGAACAGCAGGGGCGCAGGCCGCGGGGUGAGCGGCAGCGAAGCCAGGAGAGAGAGAGAGAGAGAGAGAGAAGAGAAAGCAGAGAAAUCCGCUAGGGCCCCGGGACCGGAGAGCGGUCGCGCAGCAGUCAGACAGUCAAGGAAGCCAGGGCCGCCCGUCAAACGUAGAGCGCAAGGCACGGGACGACACAUUGAACAUAGCACAGCCCAGAGGGGGGCCACAAGCCACGAAAGAGCGAGCCCGCGAGAGUCUGCCACAAGCAGAGAGGAAUCCGACGACGAGUAGGUGGAUAGAGGCCAGUGUGUGUGGAGCGAGCAAGCAGCAGCAAGCAGCCAAGACCACUAGAUCCGUGGCGGCUUACCCGACUUAGAGACUUAAGCCGGCCAGCCAGUCCGAAAGGCUCAACCGGCUAAGCCUUGGACCCACGCGCAGCACCACCCGCACCUCCGAACGCUGCACACCUAUCUAUACGAGAAAACAUCGGAGCGUAGCAUUUGUGCGAAUCAGGGAAAGACGACUCUGUACGAUACGUCGAACAUCGAGCCCCUUUCUUCUUCUUUUAUUUCCUGUCCCUUUCACCACUCUCCUCUUGUGUCUCAUCUCACUUCUGCUCAUCCAACGUACACCGAGAUUCGAAACGAACUCUCGCCAGUCCCGGAGCCAAAGCGACAUCUACGACCUCCGACUUACGAUACGAUCGAACAGUUACCGCCGCGUGUUUACCUUACCGGACGUAACUUAACGCGUCGGCGGUGCGUUCCUCUCUACGGAGUGAAAAAAACACUCCCUUUUUCCACGGAUACUUGUGCCACGACACUUUUAUCUCUUCUUUGGAUUGUGUUAUCCCUGCGUACUUUGUGAAUGAGUUGAGCUUACGAACUUCGGGAUAAUUUCGUAUGUCGAGAUCCGAGUGAACAACCCGGGAAAAAUAGUGAAUAAACGAGUGUGCCGCGUUCAGUGAAGCUUCGUGUCCGAAAAAACUUCGAGCGCAGCAGUGUUGUUUUCAUUCGGACUUGACGUUUACGUCCCGCGCAGCUUCCGACUAUCCAUAUCGUCUCGUCUCUAGGGGAUUCUCUCGAGUCACUGGAAACACAUAAAACUCUAAAUAUACACGAACCGAUGGUGGCACGCGGCCGAAAUCUGAAAUUCCACGAGACUCGAUGCGGCCGCUAAGCUUAGGCAAGAAUCGACGAAACUCUCCAACAGUCGCGAUACUCCGGGAGCUGAAGGUGGGAAAAAACAUUAACGAGGUUAUAAAACUUCUUGCGCAACACGUUUCCGGCUAGAUAGACUCUCCUGCGAAGCGGCGUUUGCGAGAUCAGCGUUAUCAGUGAGCAACCGCCUCGCAACGGGAUCGGAUCGUUUCCCUAUAAUCGACUCCGUAAUCACGAUGAUUGAGAACCGUCGAGAGCUUCGCGCCUAAAUGUUCGAUGUAAAGAUUCCCGAGAAGUCAAAGUGCGUAGUGAGUCAAAUAAGUUUUCCGACAACCCGUAACUUCAUCGAGCGAGUUGCAAGUCUCUUGAUCCCGUCGUCCUGAAGCAUCGCUAAAUGUUCGAGAGUUGAGCGCGACGCGCGUGCCACCGACCGCGAGAAGCUUCCCGUCGGAGAACGCUCGAACCUUUGUCCAAAGGCCUGCAACUCGGGAGCCGUCCACCAUCCAACCUACUGAAUUUUGUUCCAAGCUUUCUGUCAAGUGAACCAAAAGGACGAGAAAAGUCGAAAAAAGCCGAAAAAAGGCCCGUCGACUGGUUCACGCCUCAACCAAUCUUUGAGAGCAUUUUCCACGUAUAUUUAAACCGCGAGCUCCCAAGCGCCCAAUUCUGCCUCGAGCUUGCAUAGAACCGUUGCUAAAAUAGCGGAACGUGAAGAGACGAAGUUGGUACGACGUCGAAAUCACUGUCAAGCGUUCGCCCGAACGCGGAGCAGUUUUUUCGAUCGACGCAGCCGGACGAAGCGGAGUGAAGUGCGAGACAUAAAUCGUGAAUCUUCGGGGGGCGAAGGUGGAGGAGGAGUUGGCGGAAGUAAGUUUCGUCGCUCCGCAGGUGUGAUAAACAGUCAGCACGACGUUAACCUUCUAUAGCAUGGAGCGCGGCGGGGGCGGGGGAGGCCUCGAACUCGCCGGCGGCGGAGCAGGUGGAGGCGGAAACUCCGAACUUUGCUUACAAGAUCUUGUGACCGGCUCGGCAACCGGCUUGUCUGUGCAACAUUAUCAACAUGCCGCCGCCGCCGCCUCGAUGGCUGGUCUACACGCCAGUGAUCAUUUUCAGGGCGCGAUGCAUCAUCAUGACAUGCACGGAAAUUCGCAUCACGACACCUCGAUGCUUCACAAUCCGAGUCAUCAGCUCCAUCACGAACCGCUGGAAAAACUCAAAAGUAUGUGGGCGCAGAGCGACUUCAGAGACGAAACGAACGGCGGCCUCGGGCGCCUCGACUCCUCCGGUCACGGGGCUCAUACCCCCGGCGGAAGCACACCGAGCACACCAGGCGCCACGCCGGCUACACCAUCCGGAGGAUUCUCCACAGCCCAAGCGAGAAAUUGCACGAACAAUGGCCACAGAUCGAACGUACGAAAAGGCCCAAGAUCGCCGACCCAAUCGAAGCACGAGCUUCGAGGUGGCGGUGGUGUAGUCUCACCUAGCAAUGUGAUCGGUGUCAACGACGCGACGGACAAAGACGAGCCGAAGAGCAAACGGCAGAGACGUCAAAGAACGCAUUUCACUUCGCACCAGCUUCAAGAAUUGGAAGCAACGUUUGCGAAAAAUCGUUAUCCCGACAUGACGAUAAGAGAGGAAAUAGCCAUGUGGACACAGCUCACCGAACCACGCGUCAGGGUUUGGUUCAAGAACCGACGGGCAAAGUUCCGAAAACGUGAGCGCAAUGCAGCGAACGUGGCAGCAGCGGCAGCAGCGGAGUUCAAAUCGGGUUUUGGGACAGCGGGUCUGAAUAGUUUCAUAACGGGACGCGCCGACGUCGAUAUGAUGUACAGUUCGUACAGUUCGUACAACAACUGGGCAGCGAAGGUGCCUUCGCCGUUGAGCAGUAAGAAUUUUGCGUGGGUGAAUCCCCUGGGCUCGGUGGUACCGAGUGCCUCGCAUCAUCAUCAUCACGCGCAGGUUACAUCGGUAAAUUGCUUCAAUCCUGGUGGAAGUUCAGUGGGUGGAGGUCACGUCGGUGGCAUGUCGAUGUCAGUUGGACAAGCCGCAACUUCGAUGUUACCGGGCAUGGGCUCGGGUCUCGGGGUCGCCGGUUCCCCGGUCACGGCUUCCGGUGCAACGUGUCCGUACGCAGCUCCGGCUGCGCCUCAUCCUUACGGUCCUCCGGUUUACAGUACGCACCACCGGGCCACGGGGCCACCGGAAACUUGCGCCGUUAUGAGCAGCAGCAUCGCUUCUUUGCGCCUCAAGGCGAAGCAGCACAGCAGCGAAUACGGUUCCGCGAGUUCUUUCAGCACGGGGGGCGCCGUUACGAGCGGUGGAGCUGGGAGCAUCAGUCCUGUGAGUCCGCGCACUUCUUCCGGUGGCGGCCUCAGCGCUUGCCAAUACGCUUUAACCUCUUCCUCCGGCAACCCUCACUCUCCCGGGUCCGAACAACACGCCAACGGGACCGCGAGGUCUCAAGUUUGAAGCGAGGCGGGGGCUGCUUCCAGCCCCCACCAAACGGUUACUUCGGCCAAUGUCUCGGGCUCCGGGAUCGGCAUGACUAACCAACAGCAGCAGCAACAAAACGUUUGCUCCACCGGCCAGGCACCCAGCUGUGAUAGCAAUCAGAACACCGCUGACUCCUCCCAACAGCAACAACAAAUCGGCCCGCAACAGCCCGAGUGACCCAGGCCAACG